AUGCUGUCCCUCCCUUCCCCGCAUGCCACCCUUUCUCUUGUCCCUCCCUCCUCCCCCUCCGGCCUCUUUCAGAUUGAUCGUUCAGGCACCAUUCCCUGGUUGAGGUUCAGGGACCGCGAGUCGUAUGCACGCAACAAGACCAAGGAGUACGACGCCCUCGCCAUGCGCUACUUCUCCUACGCACUCUACCCUCUCGUUGCCGGCUAUGCCAUGUAUUCGCUCAUAUACGAGACGCACAAGAGCUGGUACUCCUGGGUGCUUAACUCUCUCACCGGUUGCGUCUACACUUUCGGAUUCAUCAUGAUGUGUCCGCAAUUGUUCAUAAACUACAAGCUCAAGUCGGUGGCGCACCUGCCGUGGAGGCAGAUGACCUACAAGUUCCUCAACACCAUCGUUGAUGACCUCUUUGCCUUUGUCAUCAAGAUGCCCACGCUGCACCGCCUGUCGGGUAUGUUCCUCAACACCAUCGUGGACGACCUCUUUGCCUUUGUCAUCAAGAUGCCCACGCCGCACCGCCUCUCCGUCUUCAGGGAUGGUGCGUGGAAGAGUGAUGGCUGGGGGUUUUGUGAUGUGAUGAUAUCAUCUUCCUCACCUUCCUCUAUCAGCAGUGGAUCUACCCCGUCGACAAGAAGACCCAUCUCUCGUCGAACCAAAGCAGCCUACCAACCUAUGCUUGUGUGCCUUCCUGUUUCUUCUUCCCCUCCCCCAGACAUCAUAUUCCUCAUCUUCCUGUACCAGCGCUGGAUCUACCCCGUCGACAAGCAACGCGUCAACGAGUAUGGCUUCGGCGGGGAACCCGAGGCAGCUGCCCUUGCUGGUGCUCCUGCUGCUGGUGGUGAUGGUGCUGCUGAUGGUGCUGGCAGUGGCAAAACAGACAGGCUGACAGCUGCUGAGGCAGAAGUUGCAGCCGCUGCUGCUGCUGCUGGUGCUGGUGCCGCUGCUGCCGCUGCUGCCGCUGCUGGUGGUGCUGGUGCUGGUACUGCUGCUGCUGCUGCCGCUGUGGCUGAGGGUAGUGAGGGGAGAGCAGGGGAUGAUGAAGGUGCUGGCGCUGCUAGGGGUGCAGGGGCACAUGCUGUGUCAGAAGAAGGGCUUGUGAGGAGAGGCAAGGGCAAGGGCAAGGGGAAGGGGAAGGCAGGAAAAGGGGCUGGUGGUGAGGGGGAGGAGGGUGCUGAUGAGGAUGAUAGGGUGAAGGAGAAAUGA